AUGAAGGGUUCCUGUCAGGAGGGCGCCGCCACCGCCGCCUCCGCCGCAGCCAUCGCCAUCUUCCGGGGUUUGAAAAUGGCGGCCGCGCGGCGACCAGCCAAUCAGGGGACGGCGCUCGAGCAGAAGAGAGUCCAAGUGCCUUCAUCCUCUAAUUAUAAGAAGGCACUACAGCAAAGGGAGUGCCUGUCUGUCCACAUCGGCCAAGCUGGCGUCCAGAUUGGGGAUGCCUGUUGGGAGCUCUACUGCCUGGAACACGGAAUCCAGCCAGAUGGCGUUGUUCUCGACGGCAGGCAGGAUCUGCAGGCACGUGCCAAAACGGAGCCUAUGGGUGCAUCUUUCGAUUCCUUCUUUUGUGAGACCAGAGCUGGGAAGCACGUGCCCAGAGCACUCUUCAUGGACCUGGAGCCAACUAUUGUAGACGAGAUCCGUGCAGGCAGGUACCGCUCACUCUUCCACCCGGAGCAGCUCGUCAGCGGAAAGGAGGAUGCUGCAAGUAACUACGCCCGUGGUCGCUACUCUGUGGGGCCGGAGAUCCUCGAUCUGGUGCUGGAGAGUCUCCGAAAGCUGGCGGAACAGUGCUGUGAUCUUCAGGGAUUUUUGAUUUUCCGAAGCUUUGGAGGAGGCACUGGAUCAGGAUUUACGUCUCUCUUAAUGGAGCAGCUCUCCAUAGACUACAGCACGAAGGCUAAACUGGAGUUCUCUGUCUACCCAGUCCCCCGGAUCUCCACGGCUAUAGUGGAGCCUUACAACACCAUCCUCACCACCCAUUCCACUAUAGAGCAUGUGGACUGUACCUUCCUGGUGGACAACGAGGCCAUCUAUGACAUAUGCCAUCGCAAACUUGACGUUGAACACCCCUCUUAUGCCAGCAUCAACAGGCUGCUGAGUCAGGCAGUAUCUUCCAUCACCACUUCCCUCCGGUUUGAGGGGGCCCUGAACGUGGACCUGAUUGAGUUCCAGACCAACCUCGUACCUUACCCUAGAAUACACUUCCCCAUGACCAGCUUUGCCCCCAUCAUCUCUGUUGACAACGCCCAUCACGAGGAGCCCUCUGUGUCAGACAUCACAGCUGCUUGCUUCAAGCCCUCCAACCAGCUGGUCAAGUGUGACUCUCACCUGGGGAAGUACGUGGCCUGCUGCCUGCUCUACAGAGGGGAUGUGGUCCCCAAGGACGUGAACGUGGCAAUUGCAGCCAUGAAGACAAGGAACUCUGUCCAGUUUGUAGAUUGGUGUCCAACUGGAUUCAAGGUGGGCAUCAAUGGUCAUCCCCCCCGGGCAGUGCCGGGAGGGGACCUGGCCCAGGUCCAGCGGGCUGUCUGUAUGUUGAGCAACAACACGGCGGUUGUGGAGGCCUGGGCCCGCCUGGAACACAAGUUCGACCUCAUGUAUGCCAAGAAGGCGUUUCUGCACUGGUACAUUAGGGAAGGCAUGGAGGAAGGCGAGUUUGUAGAAGCCAGGGAAGACUUGGCAGUCUUGGAGAAGGAUUACGAGGAAGUGGGGCGAAGUUUCUGA